AUGAGCCGUGUGCGGGGGGCGCCGUGCAGGGCCUGCCUCGCGCUCUCGGCGGCCCUGGCCGCGCUGCUGCUGCUGCCGCUGCCCCGCCUGCCCGGCCCGGCCCCGAACACGCCGGCCCCCGGCCUGCCCGCCGCGACCCCCGGCCUGCCCUCCAUCUACCUGCGGCCGGACGACGUCUUCAUCGCCGUCAAAACCACCCGGAAGAAUCACGGGCCGCGCCUAGGGUUGUUGCUGCGCACCUGGAUCUCCCGGGCCCGCCAGCAGACUUUCAUCUUCACUGACGGGGACGACCCGGAGCUGCGUCUCCAGGGGGGCAACCACCUCAUCAACACUAACUGUUCAGCCGUGCACACUCGCCAAGCACUUUGUUGCAAGAUGUCUGUGGAAUACGACAAGUUCAUUGAGUCAGGCCGCAAGUGGUUCUGCCACGUGGACGAUGACAACUACGUAAACCCAGGGGUCUUGAUGCAGCUGCUGUCUUCCUUCUCGCCAAGCCAGGACGUCUACCUGGGGCGUCCCAGCCUGGACCACCCCAUCGAGGCCACUGAGCGGGUCCCGGGGGGCGGCACCGUGACCACGGUCAAGUUCUGGUUUGCAACUGGUGGAGCCGGUUUCUGUCUCAGUAGAGGUUUAGCCCUCAAGAUGAGCCCAUGGGCCGGUCUGGGCAGCUUUAUGAGCACAGCCGAGAGGGUCCGGCUGCCCGAUGACUGUACUGUGGGUUACAUCGUGGAGGGCCUGUUGGGUGCGCAUCUGAUGCGCAGCUCACUCUUCCACUCACACCUGGAGAACCUGUCCCGGCUGCCAGCUCACAGGGUGCUGCAGCAGGUCACCUUGAGCUACGGGGGUCCGGAGAACCCGUAUAAUGUGGUGAACGUGGCUGGGACCUUCAGCCUGCAACAGGACCCUACUCGGUUUAAGUCUGUCCACUGCCUCCUCUACCCAGAAACGGAUUGGUGUCCCACCCAGAAGCAGGGGUGA